GCUUGUGAAUACGACAUCUGCUGAAAAAGACAAACCAGUUCUGCAUAAAGAAACUAUUAUCAAGCAAUUUAAGAUUUCAAGUCAGUAUCAUCACAUGAUUAAUCCUAGAGCAGUUAAACCAGAUAAUGUGGCAAGCACAGCAUCUCCAACAGAACCCACGACAAUAAUAAAACCAACGACAAUAAUAAAACCAACGACAAUAAUAAAACCAACGACAAUAAUAAAACCAACAAGUAAAGGAACGAAACACACGACCAAAGUACCAAAACAUGUUACGUCAGAAAAUGGACCGGAGAAUACUAAGAGUACCACACCAAGUCAAACAGUUGGACCAGAUGAAGUAUCAGAUGCUGAAGCAUGGGCAAGUUUAGCUGUUGUGAUGGUAGUUUUGAUACUGAUCGGAGUUGCAAUAUCCUGGUUAGUAAGAUCAAGGAGAGGUGGAAAAAAAGUUAAGGAAAAAGAAAAUGAAUUGAAUGGGAAAGGCGAUGGAACAAAUUCUGAAGCCGAAGUACUGAUCAAAAAGGAUGAUGAUAAUAAUAACAAGAACUUAGAAGAAAUUAGACAAACGUCGAGAGAGUCAAUAACUUCUUCUUUAAACAGAGCCAGAUCGGGUCCAAACACAAUGCAUUCUGGAUCAGUGAAUGAUCCUCAGUCUGUUAAGAAUUUCCAAGGAAGUAGACGAACGUCCAGAGAGUCAAUGAAUUCCUCAUCAAACAGCGCCAGUGCGGGUCCAAACACAAAGCAUUCUGGAAUAGUGAAUAAGAAUUUCCAAGAAAGUAGACGAACAUCGAGAGAGUCGAUGAAUUCCUCAUUAAACAGAGCCAAUGCGAGUCCAAACACAAUGCAUUCUGGAUUAGUGAAUAAUCGUCAGACUGUAAAGAAUUUUCAAGAAAGUAAACGAACAUCUGGAGAGACAAUAAAUUCCUCAUUAAACAAUAAACAUGUGUACAGAGAUAGCCCAGAAUCAUACACAAUGCAGUCUGAAUUCGCGUAUAAUCCUCAGUCUGUCAAGAAUUUCCAAGAAAGUAGACGAAUAUCGGGAGAGACAAUGAAUUACUCUUUGAACAACAAACAUGUGUACAGAGACAGGACAGGUCAAUACACAAUGCAUGCUGGAUUAGUAAAUAAUCCUCAGUCUGUUAAGGUCAGUCAUUCAACUCGACCAUUUCCUCCUACUGUGCCGACAACGACACCAAUUCAUUAUUCACUGCAAGAAGGAAAUAGAGCUUCAUUGAUUCCUCAAGUUCAAAGAGAUACUGGUUUUACACAAUCAACAACUUCUCAAUCGUUCUUGCAGCAUGAACACAAUAGCUCACCGGUUCAUUUAGUUGACCAAAUGAAAGCAAGAAAGAUAAGUUAUCAUUCAAGUGUAUACAAAUAAUACGUUAUUCCACAUGCUUACCGUAAAUGUUUAUUCCUUUGAUGUUAAAUUGUGAAUAU